AUUACGUCAUCGGCAGCUCAGAACUUCAACCACAGCUCAUCGAGAUGAAAUGGCUGAACAAAUCCUUAUUGUUCCAACGAGAAAACAUAGAUAAAUCAUCAUGGAACCAAUUGCUGCAACAGCCGCUGCAUAUGGUGUCGAGACCGCAAUCGAAGGAGGAAUUGCAGCUUAUUAUCUAUCCAAACCGACAAUACCCCUGAGAGGACACUUCGAACAUGUCACAACCACUGAUGCAUUACCGCGAUGUGGACAUACAAUAUCAGUUAUUAGUGACAGAGCCUAUAUUUUUGGUGGCUCUGAGGAUUUGGAAACUGUGGAAUUAAGCAACGAUAUGCAUGAGCUUCACAUCUCAACCGAUGAGAAUACCACAACUGCAGUUUUACGAUCAAUACCAGCAGUCGGAGAUGGAGAAUUGAACAAGACUCCUGUACCAUCAGCUCGCAUCUUCCAUUCAGCUACUGUCGCUCGAAACCGUAUCUUCAUUUUUGGUGGCAAUGGAUAUUCAUCUGGCGAGCAUAACCUUAAGCCGUUGGAAGAAAAUGGUCGAUUGUGGAUCUUUGACCCACUAUCAUCGAAGUGGUCGUUCCUGGAUCCUCCUCCACAUACAACGUUUCCGCCUUCUAGGUCGGAUCAUACCAGCACAUCGAGUCCUGAUGGAUCGGCAAUCUUCAUCCAUGGAGGAAAAUCAUCCCAUGACGUGCUUUCAAAUGAUGUAUGGGUGUUUUACUUGGAUGAAGGGAAAUGGACCAGGCUCCCAGAUGCACCAGGACUAUCGAGGUCCGGAAUCAAUCUUACUUGUGGACAGGGAAAGUUGUGGAAAUUUUGUGGUAGUAAAGGGGUAUCUGAUGACUCAAAAUUCCCGGGAACAAUCGACUUUCUGGAAUAUCCUACCGGCGGCACAGUGGAUGAUGUAACCAAAGAUUUGGCUCAUAGUCCUUUGAGCAGCUCCAAAAUCAACUGUCAAUGGGAGAAACUGGAAACGGGAUCGAGUAAAUCUUUGGAAACAUCAUUUCCUAGUGAUUAUGCAGUCUUACAUUUCAUCACCACAGGAAAUGGCAGAGAUUAUUUAUUGUUAGCUUUGGGAUCCAACGAUGGAGAAUACUCUUCAGAUAUUUGGGUCUAUCAACUUCCCACAGCGCAAUAUUCGGGUGCAAAGGUGAAAGACGUUGUACGGGAGACGUUACCUGGAGUAGGAAGUCAUGUGGGAGAAUGGUCCCGUCUCGAAAUCAGUGGAAUAGAGGUGGGUGAGGAUGAAGAAAAAGGUGGAGCAUGGACUGGUAGACGUUAUUUUAGUAGCUCGAUGACAGGAACGAAACAAUUUAUGAUUUGGGGAGGCCUUAAUCCAAAUAAUGAGAAGCUUAGUGAUGGGUGGAGGGUUAUCAUUGACUAGGGACAUUCGAAUGGAAUGGAAGUCAGCUGCUUGCUCUGGUGUGCUUUCUAGACUCAAAUUUCAAUACAUUUACCAGAUUUCCCUUCACCGUCGAGGCGGUAAUCUUUUCUGGGACCUCGCAACAUGGGCGCUGGAAUCAAAUGUUCAAAAUUAACAUAAAUGAUAUGUAAGACUUACAAUGAGGCAAGAUAAAAGGCAUGUAAAAGAUUACGGGCGUUCAGGAAAAAUGUCGUCGGUUUUGAGACCAGCCAUUGAAUAGUUUGGAAUGAUAGGAUGAGAUCGUAAGGCGUUUCAGAAACUAUAAAA